UUCAGAUUACAAGGGAGUUUGCCUCAAUGAAGCUGCACGUGCUGCUCGCUGCUGUGUGUCUCGGUGUCUUCGUCUCGCUUUCUGGAUCGGCUCCGGGACACACGAACACGCAGCUGCCGGUUCUGAUGCGCUUAGGAGAGGAGUACUUCAUCAGGCUGGACAACGCCGACCGGAGAUCGCCGUCACGCUCUGAGGCGCUUCAGCUGCAGCUCACGCAGCUCGGUCGUGUCGGUAACGGGAUCAUGAACAGCCUCGAGGAGCGGGAGCGCCGGUCGGAGGAUCCGCCAAUUUCGCUGGAUCUGACUUUUCACCUGUUGCGCGAGGUGCUGCAGAUGGCGCGAGCCGAACAACUGGCCCAGCGCGCGAGCAACAACCGCAAGAUUAUGGACGAUUUAGGAAAAUAAUACAUGCUUUACAUGAUAUGUA